CAGAACACCAACACCGAUCUGUACAACUUGGUCACAAAAGUUGUGAUGAAUGAGAAAACGAAGAAAGAUCUUGUUAAUCAGAGUGAAGAAGGGAGAAAGUUAUGCAGUGCUUUUGUACAAGACAGGAUCAAGACAGGAAAGAUCAACCUCUGGGCUCCUGUAAAGAAGCGCAAUCUUCUUACCUGGAAAACGAGUGCUAAGGUCAUCAAAGUCAAAGCUAAAGACACGAUCAUCGAGUUAAAGGAGGACAGAAAUCUGUUUGCUCGUUUGGCGAUGGUGUGCAAGAGCCGCCCAGAAAUUGACAUCCAAGAGGCUGUUGGCUUAUAUGAGUUCACUGUUGUCCCAAGAUCUUUGUUUGCACGAGAUGGUACCAUGUUGCAUUGUUCUUGUAAGAGUGCCCUUAUGCAUAUCCUAGAGAAGGCAAGUGGCCCUAGUACUAAUACACAAGAAAUCACAGCAGGAUUCAAAGUCGCGAUUGUUGAUGGAAUGGCCGAAGUCCAAUCACUUGACAAGCCAGAGUGGAUCAAGAACUGUAGAGACUUGGCUGAACAUUUCACGAAUCGCUUGCUUGUAAAGUAUAAUGAUUUACAAGAGCUCCACAUAAUCUUCGACAGAUAUGAUGUACCAUCCUCACUGAAAUCAGCAACACGAGUCAAACGACAAGGUGGCCAUGUUCCCAUUUAUUAUCGCAUCACUGAUUCUACCCACAUCGCCAAGGUGCCGAUGAAGAAGCUUCUUGCUCAUUCAAAGACCAAGGGCGAACUUACUACGUUUCUCGCAAAGAAUGUGAAGGAUAAUGCUAAUGGGAGACAAGUCGUUGUGGCAUGGGGAACGGAAUGUGAGGCAACGCACAGAGACGUCAGGCAUUUACGAAGUACACAAGAAGAAGCCGACACGAAGAUUAUUUUACAUGCUCUGGAUGCCUCUGCUCAAGGUGCUACCCAACUCUCUCUCCGACGGUAUCCAGAUUUGUGCUCGAACUCUUGCUUUGUUACUGGGACCGCAGUAGUCGUAGAGUUAUCAACUUGAAGUCAAUCGCAGACGCCCUUGGGCCCACUAAGACGGCUGCGCUGCCAGCAUUUCAUGCGUUGACUGGAGCAGAUGUUACUGGGAGUUUCUCUGGAAAGGGAAAAGCCACUUGUUGGGAUGAGUUUGAUAACGCCAGCACUCCUAUCUUGCAAGCUCUUGCUAACCUCGGUUGUGGGGAACAGCCAGAUGACGGCACAAGAAGUGGAGUGGAACAGCUGGUUUGUCGGAUGUACAAACCAAAGACAGACAUCAAAACUGUCAAAGCCCUCAGAUGGUUCCUCUUUAAGAAAAAUCAAGCUGAGUCUGAGAGGUUGCCGCCCACACAAGCUGCUCUCCAUCAAGCCAUACUGAGAGCGCACUACCAGCUUCUUGUUUGGAACAACGAUCAUGUAGCAAACCCGGUGGUUCCCUCACCAGAAGGCUAUGGAUGGCAAGAUGAAGAUGGAAAGUGGGUACCAGUCAUGACAAAUCUUCCACCAGCUCCAGAGGCAAUUAUACAGCUUGUCCGAUGCAAGUGCGCCAAGUCCCGUUGCUCUAACAACCGUUGUCAGUGUCAAAAAGCCGGACUUGUCUGUACUGAUCUCUGUCUGUGCUCUGAAGAUUGCCAGAACGAGUAUGCUGAGAGUGAUGAUGAGUAUGAUGAAGACGAAGUCGAACAGGAAAUUCCAUAG